CCCUGACAAGGCAACCAGCCGCUCUAAGCUUUGCGAGCAGCAUCCCGGCUGUCCCCAGCAGCACUGACUCCAGAACCCGGCUCUCCUGCCGCACACGGAUGAGGCGGGGUGCCACGCCCGGCCGCAGAGGGGAUGCAGUUUCCACAUCUGCUUACUCAUCACCAGCCAAAAGUCUGGGAGACCCUGGAAUUACUCCUCUGUCUCCAUCACAUAUUGUGAAGGACUCUGAUGCAGACGAUGCUGUAGAACAGUUAUUUCUUGUUGUUGUGGCUAUUGAUUUUGGCACAACAUCCAGUGGCUACGCCUACAGCUUCACCAAGGAACCAGAAUGUAUUCAUGUAAUGAGACGAUGGGAAGGUGGAGAUCCUGGUGUAUCCAACCAGAAGACACCAACAACAAUCCUCCUAACACCAGAGAGAAAGUUUCAUAGCUUUGGGUAUGCAGCAAGAGAUUUCUACCAUGAUUUGGAUCCCACUGAAUCAAAGCACUGGUUGUAUUUUGAAAAGUUUAAGAUGAAGCUACAUACUACUAGUAAUCUUACCAUGGAGACAGACCUGACAGCUGCAAAUGGCAAAAAAGUCAAAGCACUUGAGAUAUUUGCUUAUGCCCUGCAAUUCUUUAAGGAACAGGCAUUAAAGGAGCUCAGCGACCAAGGAGGCUCAGAUUUUGAAAACAAUGAAGUAAGAUGGGUCAUUACAGUGCCUGCUAUUUGGAAGCAGCCUGCAAAGCAGUUUAUGAGACAAGCUGCCUACAAGGCAGGAAUGGCAUCUCCUGAAAAUCCCGAGCAGUUGAUCAUUGCCCUGGAACCUGAGGCUGCCUCUAUCUACUGCCGAAAGCUCCGCCUGCACCAGAUGAUAGACCUGAGUAGUAGGGCACCUGUCAAUGGUUAUAGCCCAAGUGACACUAUUGGAACUGGAUUUACACAGGCUAAGGAACACGUCCGUCGCAAUCGACAGAGUCGUACCUUUUUGGUGGAAAAUGUCAUAGGAGAGAUCUGGUCUGAGCUGGAGGAAGGUGACCGUUACAUCGUUGUUGACAGUGGAGGAGGCACAGUGGAUAUAACUGUCCAUCAAAUAAGGCUCCCUGAAGGACAUCUCAAGGAGCUCUACAAGGCAACAGGUGGACCAUAUGGCUCUCUAGGUGUCGACUAUGAAUUUGAAAAGCUCCUGUGUAAAAUAUUUGGAGAAGAUUUUAUUGAGCAGUUUAAAAUCAAGCGUCCUGCUGCCUGGGUAGAUCUGAUGAUAGCCUUUGAGUCACGUAAACGAGCAGCAGCUCCAGACAGGACCAAUCCACUCAACAUCACUCUGCCUUUCUCCUUCAUUGACUAUUACAAGAAGUUUCGAGGUCACAGUGUAGAACAUGCAUUGAGGAAAAGCAAUGUGGACUUCGUGAAGUGGUCCUCCCAGGGAAUGCUGAGGAUGAGCCCAGAUGCAAUGAAUGCUCUUUUCAAGCCUACAAUUGACCAGAUCAUUCAGCACCUUAGUGAUGUAUUUGAUAAGCCAGAAGUGACCAAUGUCAAGUUUCUGUUCCUGGUGGGUGGCUUUGCUGAAUCCCCCUUACUCCAACAAGCUGUCCAGAGUGCUUUUGGUUCAAGAUGUCGAGUCAUCAUUCCUCAGGAUGUGGGGCUCACUAUCCUCAAAGGAGCUGUUCUCUUUGGUCUAGACCCUGCUGUCAUCAAAGUGCGGCGCUCCCCUCUCACCUAUGGGGUGGGUGUGCUCAACAGGUUUGUGGAAGGGAAGCAUCCACCGGAGAAGCUUCUGAUCAAAGAUGGCACACGCUGGUGCACUGAUGUCUUUGACAAAUUUAUCUCAGCUGACCAAUCUGUGGCCCUUGGAGAAACUGUGACACGCAGUUACACACCUGCCAAACCUUCUCAGUUAGUAAUAGUGAUCAACAUCUAUAGCUCAGAACAAGAUAAUGUCAGCUUCAUCACCGAAUCUGGAGUGAAAAAGUGUGGCACCCUCCGCUUGGAUCUCACAGGAACUGAUGCUUCAGUGCCAAACCGGCGGGAGAUCAAAACACUUAUGCAAUUUGGGGACACUGAAAUCAAAGCCAUGGCCAUUGAUGUUGCCACCUCUAGAAGUGUCAAAGUUGGUAUUGAUUUCUUAAACUACUAGCAGCCCAUUUCUCCACCACAGCCUGUUCGUGAGACUGAUCUUCCACUAUUCCAUUUUAUGACGUCCAUAUGUCACGUAAUCAACUUGAAUUUCAGCAGGCUAGAUGAGAACAGCUAGUAAGGUGGGGUAUGUCAGGUUUGUGCUCUUUGAUGACCAAAGACUGGACUUUGAAUGACCCUUAAAAAGUUUUGGGAGCAGAAGUUCCAGAGGUAGAAGUUCCCAAGUUACUCAAGCAUGCUUAAAGAUCUACUUUUGUUAAGUAAAUACUGAUUUUUUGGGGGUCCUGAAGAUAAAAAUUUCAAGUGCUGAAAGUCAAUGACUUAAAUGGGAAUGGAGUUUCUUAAAUUCUGAGAUCCAACUGAAAAGUAAAUCCUCAGAAAUCCUUAAAGUUAGAUUUAGAAAAUAUAGAUAUAUUUUAGGGGCUUAACAUCGAUUGAUCCAGUUUGAAAACAAGGCGAUUAUUGUCAAAGCUCUCAGAACUAGCUGUUAGAUUAAAUAGCUAGCAUUACCCUCAUUAUAUUUGGAAAAUUAUCAAGAGCAAAGCCCUUUCCCUUUUUGGGUCUUCUAAAGUUACUUUAUUAGUUUCCAUCUGAAAUAAUAAAAUCACAGAAUAGUUGAGGUUGGAGGUGACAUCCAUUGACUAUCUGGUUCAACCCCUCAGCUCUAAGUAUUGUCACCUAGAGGCAGAUACCCUGUCCAGUUUGAAUUAUCUCCAAAGAUGGAGAUAUCUAAACUUCUGUGGGCAACCUAUUCCAGUAUUUGACAACACUCACUGCAAAACAGGUUAUUGUUCAAAAGGAAUUUCUUGAGUUUCAGUUUGUGACCAGUGCCUCUUGUUCAUUCACUGGAUACCUCUGAGAAGUCUGGCUUCAUCUUCUUCACUGUCUUCUAUCAAGCAUCUAUGUACGUUCCUGGCAUCCCCUGAGUCUUCUCCAGUCUAAAUGGUCUCAGGUCUCUCAGCUUCUCCUCACAUGACAGAGCUUUCAAUCCUUUAAUGAUCUUUAUGACCCUUUUCUGGACUCAGCCCAGUAUGUCUGUGCCUUUUACUGAGAAGCAUGGGACUGACCCCAGCACUCCAGAUGUGGUUUCACCAGGGCUGAAUAGAGGGGAGUGUUUCCUUCACCUCCUGGCACUGCUCUUCCUAAUGCAGCCCAGGAGGCUAUUGGCAUUCUUUGUUGCAAGGCCAUAUUACUGGCUCACACUCAACUUUGUGUCUACCAAGACCCUGAGGUCUUUUUUGACAAGCUGCUUCCCAGCCAGUUGGCCUGCAGCAUAUACUGGUGCAUGGCAUUGUUCCUCCCCAGGCUCAGCACUUCCCUUUGUUGAAUUCUAUCAGGUUCUUGUCUGCACAUUUCUCCAUCCUGUCGAGGUCACUCUGACCCACCUGGUUUAUCAAGCUCUUCUCCGAGCUACUAGAUUUCUUUUAUUGGUAAUCCCUGUGUUAAGAUUGGAAGUACAGUUAGGUUAUGGGUGUCCAGGAGAAUUUAAACAACUUAAAAAGAGAGAUGAUGUCCAGAUCAAAAGUAGUGCAAUACAUUUUGAGGAGCAAAUAUUUUAACUGAGUAAAAUAUGUUUCUGGAUUCAGUUGAAUGGCCAGUAAAGUGGAAAGGCAGAAGCCAAGAGAAUGAAGCUACAAAUAGCAUUAAAUAAGACAUUCCUUACAAGACUAUUAGCAGCAAUGCUGAUGCAAGUGAAAUAAAAUGAGGGUCAUGGUAGCAUCUUAAUUUCCAAAUAAUAACUUUCUGGAAGUAUUAUCCUAAGCAUGUUCACCUGGAAAAUUUCUUCUGCAACUAUAGAAGAGUUUUUAUUUUGCAAAUGCUACAGGUAGAUAACUUCUGAAAGCUACAGUCUAUAUCUGCCAUGAAUUAACUUCAGAUUCAAAUCUAAAUCCCACUUGAAACUGGCAGACUGAUACUAGCCUGUAGAAUCAUCCUAAAAUGCUGACACCUUCAGGGCAUUUAUACAGAGCUGCCUAGCUACCUGCUGGAAUUCAUUACAUUUUUUAAACUUUGCACUGUUAAUUGUUUAACCAAACCUUCAUUUCUAAUAAGUUGAGCAUGAGUUAAAUCCAUUACUGGUAAUUUUGGGAAAUGAAAGCUUCAUCAAUUGUUCCACUAAUUUAUGUUCCAAACCUGCACUUAAGCUUUCUGUGCUUAGCCUGGAGUUUUGCCACAGUAAAGAGCUGCAGAACUGGUCUACUGCAUUUUGCCAUUGAGUGUCUCCUGCAGAAUUCCCUAGUUGAAUGUGAAAUCUGUUCUGCAUUCAGCUUUAACAAAAAAAAGGACUAUGGAGAAUGCUAGUCACAGUAUCCAGCUGGAUACUUUCUAUAAUUACCAAGUGUGCUUGCUAGCAUUCAGUUUCCUGCUGCCUGCUAAAUGCUUUAAAAGCUAAAUACUGGGAUUUUUUGUGUGUUGCUUUCCAUGGUUUACAAACAAGAGAAACUUUAAGAUGAGUUAUUAACAAUAUAAUUUUAUGUAUAUACAAUAUUUAAAUAUUGUACAGACUCUUUCUUUCUACAGUGCUAUUUUCUUGUAUAAAAAAGCUCUUUGCCUCUUGAUUUCAUUCAGCUGUUAAUUUUAAAUAACAUAUUUUCUCAAUCAGCUUCUAUAAUUACAGGCUUUUAAAGAUGGUAAGAUAUGAAAUGUAAAAGGCUGCUCUUAUAAUAAUAGGAAAGAAAUGUUGGUGUGUCAGAGAAUACAACAUUCUUCCUGCAAUGCAAGUCAUGCCAGUUAAGCAUAUUACACAGAUGCACUAGUAUGUUGCUGGGAUUUUAAUUUCUUUGUUUCAGAUGGUGACCACUCCAUCUCCAACAGUUCAUCAUAAUAAUGGAUGAAUCCUCCUGUAAAACCAAGUUAAAAAUUAGAUAGAUAGCUUGAUAUACAGCAUCUUCACUAGCUUUGGGGUUUUAUUAAGGAUCUCCUUUAAUUAAAAAAAAGAAACAAACCAACAACGAACAAUACACAAACCAAAACAAGGAUCAAAAGAAAACAAACACAAAACUACCUUCCAAAGACAGACAACACUGAUUCAUUGUAGCUGCAGGUAAGACCCAGUCUUUGUCUACCACCACCACAGGACAAAAUUCUUAAAAGUAGGCUUCAGUGUCUUUGCAUCUUGUGUUAAACUGAACUGGUCCAGUUCUGCACAGGUUUGUUGCCAGUGACCUUCACUUAACACAGACUUUAGUCUAAACAUGGCUGCAACCUCCCCACCUCGAAGAGGAGGCAAACUGCAUCAUCAGGUGGGCCAUGAUUUUGGUGCUGUUUCCAGCCUUUCUGCAGGGAAUGCUGAGGGUAGUUUCUGCAGCUCUUCUGAAGCAUGGUUCCCUUCACAGUAGCUAUCUUCUGUGCUUUCUUAUUCCCCUUCUGUAAGUUUCCUUCUGGAUCCAAGCAGGGGUUGUUGCUGAAAUUACUGUAACUGUAAAAUAUGAAGUUUGCAUAUUUUUGCACUUCCUUAUUCAGUCUGAUGAGAGCACUAUCAAGUUUAUCUUUGCAGAGCACUGAACUACUGAAAAAGCUCCCAGCUGUCCUUGUUGCCCUCUUUAAAUCAAAGAAUGGAGAAUUAGCUUGUCUCUCUAAAGAAUUAGAAUUUUGAGUAGAAUAUUAUGCUGUGGUCUGUAGUUUAGAACCCAGUUGAACAACUUUACAUUGUAAGUGGCAUGUGGAUGCCCAUUUUGCUAAAGGAUGUUAGGUUGUAAAAUUAAUAUGAAAUUUAUUAGGAAAUGAGUAAUUUUUUUUUUUUAGAAUAGCAGUUCUGAUAGUUUUGCAGGAGAUUCCCUGCAGAGCAUUUUUUGGUAGGGGUUUCUGAUGACAUUGUCAACGUAAUGUGGAAAAGACAAGGCCUGUUGUCCUUGGAGAAAGCAGAAGGUCUUGGCAGAAGUUUUGGUUGAAGCAGCAACUUGCAAGUUUGGGUCCAAAUUAUUUAACUCAAGGCUGAAAGUUAGCAGCUCCUUGUGAUAGAAUGAUGAAUUGUGCUAGAAUAUGAUAGAUGUGCAGUGAUGGUUAGGACAGUUUACAUUGGUAUGAAUAUACCAAUAUUUAUAUACAGGAGUUUUAAUGCAUUAUUAUGAGAAGGCUAAUUAUAUAUUGCAGAGAUUUAAUCACCAAGUUAAGCUGCAUAUUUAUGAUACGAAGUGGCUUAAGCGGAUGAAUAGUAUAAAAGUUGUCGGGCAUAAUUUCACAAUGCUCACCUGCUUGAAAUAGUCUUAAACUAUAUUAUAAAACCAACCAUUGUGGUCUUGUUCACCUCUGUGCAAGAUAAAUUCAGAUUUCACUGAUGUUUGGAGCUGUUCACAACUUGUCUGGAUUGUAUCUUGAGUGUUCUUGUGUCUUCAAUCAUGUCAAAUAAAAUACAGUAAAACUAA